AACAAUUAAAGAAUGCAUAAAUGUACUUGUAUACUAAUAUUCUACUAUGAUAAUUUAACAAAGACUUAAUAAAAUAAUGUUUGUAAAUAAUCGGAAUGUAUUAGUUGCGCGUGAUUGUAAAUAUAAAUUCUUAUAAGCAUCUGCACAAUUAAGGAGGGAAGUGGAAUGGUGGUAACCUUAAUUUAAACCGGUAACCUUAACUUGAAAAAAAAAUACGAACAAAAUGCCUGAACCUAUAGAACCUGAACAAAAAGGUGUAUCUAACGAUGCAACUAAAUCUCUGACGACUGAAGUAAAACAUGCACUUGACGAUACAACUAAAUGUGUAGUAUCUGAAGAAAAAGAUGCUUCUCAACAAGAAGAUGAAUUACGUGAAGACGAAUGGAUGGUGCGGCCAUGUGAAUUAUAUAAAGAAGAAUAUGAUGACUGCAAAAGUAUAAGAGCACGCUUCCAUCAGUACUUUGUACAUGGGAAAACUAUUAAAUGCUCACAAUGGAAAACUGACUACGAAAACUGUUACCUUUGGUCAAAGUAUAAAUCUGAAAAAGCAUAUGAAGAGUUGAUAAAAAGUGAAAAGAACCGUAGACUGGAGAGGUUAAAAGGUCAUUAUUUGAAUAAUGUUUGGACUAGGAGAGACAAACCACCUGAAAAUUGGAAUGCACCAUUGCCACAGUGGAUGCAAGACAAAUUUGAACAUUCAUUUUUAAAAUAUAUGAGUGAUGAAUUAAAAAAUUCUACAGGAAACAGCAGUCUCAAAAGUUCUUGUACUAUAUUGUAAGAAGUGUCAAGCUUGAAAAAUAUUGUUAGAGGCUGACAAAUUAAGCAAUAUACAUUGGUUUGGAAACUAAAAAUGAAUUAAUAUUGCUUGGUUUCUUAAGUUACCAUGUGUAAAAAUGUAUAAUAAUAUUGUAGAUAAUAAAAGUUUCUUAAUUAUAAGUCACUUAUAAAACAAGCACUUAUGACAGUAUGUUUAAGUUAAGAAGUUUUGUGUGAAUAUCUAUAUGAAUAUUAAAAAUUGUACUGAAAGUAAUAGAAACCCAGUUGAAAAAAAACCUGGAAAAUAAUUGUUCAACUCGUU